UCAGCUGUGAUCUGGUCCCAUCUGUCUUCGUUCUGAUAGUGGUUUUUGUGAAUAUUACGCGAUAUAUUUGGAAUACUGUUUGAUGUGUGUUAUGAUCAAAUUCCGAGUCAUGACCGAACAAUAAGUCACAAGCAUUAGCAGUACAAUGUUUGAUAUAGUUGUAUUUUUGAAAAACUUUAUUUACAAUAUGCUGGCGAUAUUUUCAUUCGGUCGCAAAAAACUGUCCAACACGCUUAGUAUCUAUGUCAAAACCAACACCGGAAAUACUUUGAGCGUGGAUUUGGAACCACAUAUGGAUAUCAAAGAUGUCAAAGAGAUCGUUGCCCCACAACUGGGCUUAACACCGGGUGAUUUAAAAAUUAUUUUCGCCGGAAAGGAACUAUCGGAUACGAUUACUAUUAGCGAGUGUGAUCUAGGACAACAAUCGAUUAUUCAUGCCGUCAAGGCUAGACCUAAUCCGAAGAAAACAAACGACAACAAAAUACUACUGAACAGCGCUAUAUCAGAGGAAAACCCGGAUGAAACUAUUUCUACAAAACCACUAUGUGAAACGAUGACCGACCUGCAGCUGACGGAGCCUAACGACCAGGAGAAAAUCUCUAGAAAUAACAGAAGAAAAGCACAUUUUUUUGUGUUUUGCUCUCAAUGCGAAAAGAUUUGUACCGGUAAACUGAGAGUGCGCUGUGGAAUCUGUAAAAGUGGUGCUUUCACUGUUCAUAGAGAUCCGGCCUGUUGGGACGAUGUGCUGAAGAAGAAACGAAUUACUGGACACUGCGAAAACUACGAUGUUCCCUGUGUGGAAAACGAACUUGGUGAUCCUCCCUUCACGGAGUUUUACUUUAAAUGUUCCGAGCACUCCUCCGGUGGUGAAAAGGAUUUUGCUGCUCCGCUUAAUCUAAUAAAAACUAAUCACAAAGAUGUGCCCUGCAUCGCAUGCACUGAUAUCAGUGACACAGUACUGGUCUUUCCGUGUGAAUCUGGUCACGUCGCAUGUUUGGAUUGUUUCCGACAGUAUUGUGUUACACGCUUACUGGAACGGCAAUUCCUAGAACAUCCAACCGGCGGAUAUACUCUUCAAUGCCCUGUGGGCUGUGAAAGUUCCUAUAUCGAAGAUGUUCAUCACUUCAAGUUACUGUCGAAGGAACAGUAUGACAGAUAUCAGAGAUUUGCCACUGAAGAAUACGUACUUCGACAUGGUGGUGUUUUAUGUCCCCAACCGGGCUGUGGAAUGGGUCUUUUGAUAGAUCCAGAAUGCAAGCGGGUGCAAUGCGUAAAUGGUUGUGGUUUCGUGUUCUGCCGAGACUGUCUGCAAGGCUAUCAUAUUGGAGAUUGUUUGGAAACACCGCAGCCAAACUCAGAAGCCAUCCAGGGAUAUACAAUAGACCCUUUGCGGGCAUCUGAGGCACGAUGGGAUGAAGCAUCGAAAAUUGCCAUAAAAGUUACGACCAAACCGUGUCCACAAUGCCGUACCGCGACGGAGCGAGAUGGGGGUUGCAUGCAUAUGGUUUGCACACGAUCCGGCUGUGGAUACGAGUGGUGCUGGGUUUGUCAAACCGCUUGGACCAGAGAUUGCAUGUCGGCGCACUGGUUUGGUUGAGUAUAACAAUUCAGUAGUACUUACCCUGCCCAGAUGAAGUUUCCUUACAGUAUGAGAUAAUUAAAAAUAACUAAAUUAUACAGUUGUUACAUUAUAUUUUGUGAAUAGAUUAUAUUUUGUUAUUAUUUAACCUUUUGUUUUGAAUAAUUGGUGAUAAUAGCUAGGAUUAAUGAUUAUUAAUGUUGUAUCCGGAAACUCCCGGAAUGAAACUUCGGAUUGAAUACUUCUAGCUGUUACUUUAUUGGAAGUCAAUCAAAGAAUGAAUGAAUAAAAUGAGAUUCAUGUCAGCUGUUA